CUCUUGCUGUCCACGUCAGGCCGUGGGCAAGAGCCUGCUGGUGGCCUAGUACCACUCUGGUACAUACACCAUGGGUCUGGAAUCUGGAUUGCGCCAGACUCCUGGAUGAUGCUGAAGAUUGGGGAAUGCAGGGGCCAAUAUUGACUAGCCUUGUUGGGCUAGAGACUCUGCAAGGUACCCUCGCAGAGCUUGUCUUCUUUCCUCGUGCUUUGACAGUUUUCCAAGCACGUGCGACGGGAUUGUGGCCUUCAUCCCGCUUCCAUGGCUCCAGGUGGUUGUGGGUGGGAUGGCUCAUCUAUGCAAAGACCAAAUCCACCACGCUGCCGUGUUUCUUUUUUCCUGGCCAGAUGCUCCCACUCAGAAGAAGUUCGACUGUGUCGGUUUACGCCGAUCAUAGGAGCAGAGCGGAGGUUGAGAUAUUUGCCGUACAGUAUGGAUCCAUGAUAAAUACACAGUUCGCGCAGCUCCCACAUCCGUCCUCGACCUUGAUGGACUAAAAUUGGUAGCGCAAAAUAGUGGCUGCCGACUGCAGAAGAUAUCACAUCUUAUUCCAUACUUUCUCCAUUCUAGCCCUCACACCACCACUUCGCUGUCCUCCCACAGUCCCGAA